CUGCUACGUCAACAACUUUCUCUCCUGAUUUCGUGGUUACGUGCAUGUUUUAGAUUGCCGCGGCAAUACUACCGCAUUAGACGAGGCCAAGCCAGCGGAGCCGGGGAAGUAACUCAGACCAUUCCGUUCACAAGCUAAGUCAUCGUGUCAAUUCUGCUGCUGGAGCGAGACACCACAAUUGGAGCUAUGCUGUAAGCUCAUUUUUAUUUCGUGGACAGCAUUCUGCCUUGUUUCUUGCCAUUAUUCUCUCAAGGAACCACUGCACCUGUGUUACACCAUGGCUCAGAUCAUAUCAAUCACAUCGCUUUUUGCUUUCAUAUUCAUAAACUAUCAGUUAUGGCGAUCAGUGGAUUCGCAAUUAUACGCUCAUCUCGGGGACUCAUUUUUGGACCAAGAAGUUACGUAUGACGAGCUCUACCAAAGCGGUAUGCAAUCCUACACAAACGAGGAUUGGGCGUCUACAAUAUUCUUUUUUGAGAGAGCUCUACAAGAAUUUGACUAUUUUCGAGCCAGUCUAACAGAGUGUAGACUAAAAUGUCAAAAUGUCUCACAUAUUUCGUCAUCAGGCAAAGACACGCUUUCGGAAUUAAAAGUAUUUGAAGCAGUUUUUAAAAAGGCAGAUUGUACUCGGAGGUGCAAGCUCAAGAAGUUAGGAGGCCGAAGUGAAAGAAUAGAUGAUGCAGUUACUGAUAAGUUUUUGAGUAUGACACCAUACAGCUACCUCCAGUUCGCGUAUUACAAAAGUGGUCUAUAUGAGCAGGCUGUUGCAGCAGCAUAUACUUACCUUCAAUGGCAUAAUGAUGACGAUGUUAUGCAGAACAAUCUGGAUUAUUAUAGGAACAUGCAUGGAAUAGAUGACAGCCAACUUUUCAACUUAGAAGAAAAAUGGCAUCAUAAAUACUUUUUAGAGGGUUAUGAAGCCCAUCACAACGAGAAGUGGCAUGAUGUAAUAAAAAGCAUGGAGCUAGCCCUUACUGAAUACUGGAAAGCGGAUACCCAAUGUAGAGCGCUUUGUGAAGGAAAAUAUGAUAAUCGGGAAUUCAUGGAUCUUUAUGAAGCAAUUGCAUAUCAUUAUGCAUCCACAUUAUACUGCAAGAGCCAAUGUGAAAGCUGGUUAUCUCGAAUCAACAGCAAGCUAGUGGAGGAUUAUCUUUCAAGUCACUUUCAUUUCUUACAGUUCGCAUAUUACAAUGUCGAUGAUGUCCAGAAUGCGGUCAAGAACGCUCUCUCAUUCCUGAUCCUCAAGCCUGAAGACGAGGUGAUGCACCAGAACAUUGCCUUCUACAAGGGCAUGAAAGACCCCGCCCUGGAGUUUACCCCCCGGACCGACGUGGAGAGGUACCAUCAGCUCGUCCAGAUGGAAAACAAGAUGCUACAGUACGCCAAGAAGAACUUCUGGGAGGAGGAUGCGGAAGAGUUCCUGAACCCUGAUAAGGACAUUGAUGUGGAGGAUGAGACCGGGCCGGAUUAUCUCGGAGCCGAGCCGAUCGAUCCAAACGAAGUCAACCUCAAGGAAGGUGAAGAAGCUCUCCUUAAGGAGGCGAUCGGUCACGAGAUGGAGAAGAACUCUGCCAAGUACUCUAGGGAUCUGAACCACAACGGAGGAGAAGCAUCUCCCGGGCAACCUCGUCACCAAGACAACGGGGAGGCGGAGUUUGCUCAGAGCGACGGCGGGGGCGGAGCCGGAGGAGGGGCGGGAGAGAUGAGGAGUAAGAUUUUAAACGGGAUGAAGAAGGUGAUGAAGAGCUUGAUGGGGUCGAGCGAGGAGGAGAGCGAGAAGCUUCUGCUUCAGCUGGCUAAGGAUCCCAAGUCAAGCGAAGCCAAAGAGACGAUCAAGGUCGCCAUUGAGAAGAUGAUGUCCAGCAGCGACGUGGACAAAGCGCUCCCUCGGGAGCAGCUGAAGAAGAUGAUGCAGGGUUUGACCCAAGGGACGUUGAUGGAUGACCCCCAAGGAAACGGGAAGAGGGAGAACUUUGACCCGGAGGCGGUAGGAAAGGACGGGAAGGAGAUGGUGUUUCCUAGUGACACGGAAGGGAGGAUGCUGGAUGACAAGGAUUACGACCCGAUGAAAGGUUUGGAUCAGAAGGAGUAUUUUGAUUGGGUGAACCCUCCAGGGUUCGAGGCAGGCGCUCCAGGGUCACUAGAAGCAGAUGAUCAGGAUGACGGUGAUGAUGAUGAUGAUGAGGAUGAUGCUGCUGAUCAGCCUGAUUACCAUGGCAACGAAGAUGAAGAUGAGGAAAUCAUUGGUGACAGAGAAUAUUACCCUUCCGAUGAAGAUGCUGAUGAAGAGGAAUUGUCUGAAAAUACAGCGAUGGAGGAGGCUGAAGAUGAAACCAACCCAGAUGACAGUAACCAUGACGAUAAAACAAAAGAUGAGUUUUGCUUGCCUGGGGAGGGGUGUGGGGAGACUUCCUCCGACCCAACAAAGUAUUCUGAGGAACAACAAACAGACCCUGACCAAUCCCAAACAGAACAAGCUCAGGAGGAGCAGAAAACUGAGGAUGAAAGUAACCAGGAUGAUGGGAAGAAUGCUCAAGAUGAGGAUGAAGAUGAUGGAACAGUCAUUCAAGAGGACAAGGAGGAAAACAAAGAGAAUGAGAUUGAAGAUGAUGAUAGAAAAGAAGAUGAAGGGAAGGGCAGAGGAGAACAUAAUAGAAAAGAAGAUGAAGAUAUGGAGAGAGAAGAAGAUGAUAAAAAAGAAAAUGAAAUGAAGAACUUAGGAUAUCUUGAGGGGAGAGAACAUGAAAGGGAAGAACACGAGGAGGAGGAGGAUGAGGAGGAAUGCGAUUGGAGUUGUGAGGAGGAUGAUGAUGGUGAAUGCAUUGAAGAAGAGGAGGAGGAGGAGGAGCCCUGGGUGUAUCAACCACGUGAGCUGACCCCAGCAGAGGAGAAGAUACAGGAAGCCCUGGAUACGGAGGUUACCAACGAAACCAAGACAUGGAUGGAGGAGAUGAUGAAAAUUGAUGACAACGCCUACUUCCUCCUGAAUGAUCUAACGGAUUUGGAAGUGGUAAUGACGGAUGACCAGUUGAACGGAUCCAAUCGUGUGUUAGCCGAUGGACUCGCUGCUGACCAAGAAUGUGGAACACUACUCCAACUUUUAGAUGGAGAAGCAAGGCAAGGCAAUGGAUACAAAGGAAAGACCAGCCCCCAUACCAAGUUUGAGAACUUUGAAGGACUCACCGUCAAAGACGCUGUUGAUGCUGCUAGUGCUGGCCGUAUAUCUCUGCUCUAUCCCACUGUCUACAUGCAUCUUGCGGAGAGGUCUCGUCAGUUCCUCCAGCGUCACUUCAAACUCAAGUCGCAUCUUUUCUUCUCUUAUACUCAUCUCGUUUGUCGGUCAGCUGGUCCAGGUAUCUUUAAAGCAUAUUCUUCCCUCAAACGUCGAGACCUCAGCCACCCCAUCCACGCUGACAACUGUCAGUUAGACCACAAAGGGGUGUGCCACAAGCGACUCCCAGCGUUCGUCUGGCGGGACUGGAGCGCAAUACUUUACCUCAAUCAGGACUUUGAAGGCGGAGAGUUCAUCUUCGCUCACUACAAUAAUACAGCACAGGCUCAGGUGAAUCCAAAGUGCGGACGCCUUGUCGGCUUCUCAGCCGGAGAGGAGAAUCUGCACGGUGUGCGAGGGGUGAUCCAUGGGCGUCGCUGUGCCCUCGCCAUGUGGUACACCCUCGACCCCCGAUUUAGAGAAAUUGAAUUCUUUGGAGCAGCCGACCACCUAAACCUGCUAUACGAAAAAGAAUAUAAACAGCAACAUGCGUAAAAUAGCUGAUUUACUAGACACACAUAGCUUAGCAAAAUGAAGGGAUGGGUCAACAUGCAUAAAUUACUGUCAAACCUGCUUUAGUCACCACCUGUCUACAAAGACCACAUUUUUUGUUUCCCUUGAAAAUGGUUUCUCAUUGAAACAUAUACUGAAGGAACCUG